AUGCUCUACGUCUACGUCUGGAUGAGCGAGAGUCAUUCCUAAACAAGAAGAUCAAACAGACCCAGGAUCUCAUAGAAGAGAAGGGAACACUAAACAGUGAGAUGUGUGACCUGAAGGAUAUGCUGGAGGUCAAGGAGAAGAAGAUCAACAUCCUGCAGAAAAAGGCUGAGAACCUGCAGGAGCAGUUAAAAGACAAAAACAAACAGUUGGACAGUUUGGGUGACAGAAUGACGUCUCUGCAAGCUGACUCCAGCAACACGGACACAGCUCUCAUUACACUGGAGGAUGCUCUCUCUGAGAAGACAGAAGAGGCAGAAAUGUAUAAGAAGGAAAAUAAGGAACUGAAAAGCCAACUUGUCUCCCUACAACAACGUCUCUCAGGGAAAGAGGCGUGCGAAGCUGAACAUGUUGCUCGCUGGAACCCUGAGCUGUCAGAGCGACUGCAGGUUCUCCAAACAGAAACUGCCCCUCAUAAAGAGGAACUGGAGAAGUCUAAUGCUGAAGUCCAGAGAUUGCUGGCUCUUUUGCGGGAGCUGCAGUCUGAACGUCUGGAGCAGGACAAGAUAAUCAUUGAGCUGGAGAGACAAGUGAAAGAGCAAAACCAAAAGCAGUCUGUGAAUCCAGGCCAAGCUGAAGAAAUGAGUCCCAAUACUUCAAGACAGUUGGAAGAUUUGAUGGCAGCGCUAGACAAUACCAGAAAAGAGUUAGACGCCACAAGACAACGGUUGUCGUCUACGCAAAAUACUCUGUCUGAACGUGACAAUGAGCUGAGCAGGAUACGAGCUGAUCACAGUAAACAGCUAACGGAGAUCCUGCAGUUAAAACAACAGGCUCUGCUGGCUGCUGUCAGUGAAAAAGAUGGCUGCAUCAAUCUACUAGAACUUUCUCCCAUGAGAAACAUGUCAACACCUGAGGACGUGAUGACCUUGAGGAGAGAAAAGGCACAGAGUAGGAUGAAGCACAUGGCAGAACAUUAUGAAGAUGGACACAUUCAUCCACAGUAUUCCCAUCAUUCGCAUCAUGGUCAGCAUCGUGAACUGAUCUCCCCACCACCAGAGCAGGAUGAUGAGGAUGGCAUAUGGGCAUGACAAAACAGAAACUUUCACUGACAGAAACCAGGGCAUCCCAGGUGGAGGAUGGAUCAGAGACACUGGACCCAUGCCUUAUAGCAAUUGACCAGCCAUAAAACCAGGCGGAGGCCUCCUUAAGUGCUAGCUGAGUUAAUCAAUUCCUUCUGAGAAUUUAGAAAGAAGGGGUGCACCUGAACACAGAGGAGCAUCUAGAUCAACAGGGGAAGAAGAGGGCUGCUUCCAGAGCUGUUCACUUUGCCUAGAGUCUAGAGAUGCAUGUGCAGUUAUAGCAGUGAACUCCCCAUGCUGGAAUGAAGAACACUGAGCACCAUUCUCUGCUCAGGGUUUGACUAAAUGUGUGGGUUUGACUAUCUUUAAUGGGACUGUGUUUCUUUGAUGCACAUUGAGUGUAGAUUAUGCAGUGCCGUGCACAGAACCCCAGUUUAAACUGUGUUCCGAAGAUGAACGGAGGUCUUA